GAUCAAACUUCGUUAUCCAAUUUCCAAACCCUAAAUCGCCGGCGCGCUGUGGCGGAGACGACGAUGAGCACGAUGAGAAGGAGACAAGCCCCUGGCGAGGAGCCCUCUUCGGCUAUGGCGGUAGAGACGACGAAGGGGGGCAAGGCAACAUGGUUCUGGGAGGCGGGCGGGAGAGUAGUGGAGACCCAGCCCGUGACUGCCGAGCCGAUGAGCGCAAGCAACGCAGAACAGGCGGAGGACGAGGAGUGGAUCAUCUCAUCAGAUGAUGCCCUCCCCUUCAUCGCGAGCACCCGUCCUCUCCCUCGUAGAUGCCCCAAAUUCCCCGAGAAUGGAAGCGGGAAAGAGAUCUCAGAGUGGAUCAAGGCUUGCGAUAGGGUGUACAAGCUGACUGCCAAUGAUCCUCUAAGCCAUCCUCCUCUCCUGCGCAAGACAAAGAACGACUUUGACACCUCUGGUUCUACUAGUGACUACUUCUACUCAUCAUCAUCAAGACACAGGCAGGUGAUUGUUGGGUUAGCAAGUUCGAUUGUCAACAUUUGCUUCACUGAGAAUGAUGAGUUGCCAAAAUGGAAUUUUAAUGGAAUCAUCAUUGGUCCUUCUGAGUCGGAUGAGCGUGCUUGGAUACUGACCAGUUCUGAAGCUGUCUCUGAUUAUGAAGGAAAACUCGAUCUCGAUCGCAAGCUACUUGUUCAUUUACCAAAUAAGGUCAUUAAGAAUGGAGAGCUUUUGUUCUUUGAUGACUAUUAUGGCUUUGCUAUCAUGGAGAUUUCAGUUGAUAUGCCAAUCCAGUGCCGUUCUUUCGUGUCAAGAUCAGAUUACGGAGAUGAGGUCUUUGUAUUGACAAGAAAGCAUGAUUCUUCAUUGAUGACUACAACAGGGAAGAUCCUAUGGCACAAUGAACCGUAUUUCGGACGCAACCAUUUUUUGUAUCUUAGCUGUGACCUUCCCGCGCGUAUCUCAGGUGGAUUGGUAAUGGAUCGAGAUGGAGAUAUUGUUGCAAUGACUUUCAAUUGUGGCUGCCCAAAAACUGCCGUGCUUCCUAGCUUCAUUAUCAAGAAAUGGAUUGAAAUGGAAAGCAACUUCAGGUGUAUAGCUCGUCCUGUACAUGGUUUGUCUUUAAGAGCAGUGCAGUUUUUGGAUAUGUCAAGGAGGGAAGAAAUCUUAUAUAAACACAACAUUGAUAGUGGUUACCUUGUCGAUAAGGUAAAAAUGAACUCCACUGCAGAAAUCAUUGGGAUUAGGCGUGGGGAUGUGAUUGUUUCAGUUAACGGGGUGUGCUUUCAGAAUAUGCUAGAGUUGGAGGAGUAUUUGCUUUCUCUUGGCUGGAAGUUUCUGGAGAGGAAAAAUAAAUCAUCCAAGAUUGUUCUGAAGUUAAAGGUUUAUGACCCCAUCAAGUGCCUGGAGCACACUCUCAGCCUGCCUCUGGGAUUUUCUUGCCUUACAGCAGUUAAGGAGAGGGUGAAGGUGCAAGUAACUGAGAAGACAUCACCAGGCAUUAAGCGCAAGAAAACUACUAAUGUACCGAUGCCACCUGCGUAAGAAUUGAUAAAAAGUGAGUCCUGGGCAAGCUGGAAGCUUAGGCUGGCGCACAGAAAUAUAGUGCUGGUUACUGGUAGUUAGGCCUUGUUUAGAUGCGAAAAUAUUUUGGAUUUCGCUACUGUAGCAUUUUCGUUUGUUUGUGGUAAAUAUUGUCCAAUUAUGGACUAACUAGGAUCAAAAGAUUCGUCUCACGAUUUACAGAUAAACUGUGUAAUUAGUUUUUAUUUUUAUCUAUAUUUAAUGCUUCAU